GACAAUGACAGACAGAUCUGUCAUGGUUGACCGUCAUAAAUCAAUCAGUGCAGUGAUGGAAUGGAAGUAGAAUGAUUUUGGAAACAUUUAUUUAGCUAAGAUUUAGGUCCUAGGUAUUGGAGUUCCAAUUUUUGAGAGAUAUGUUACUCGUUAUGUAAAAUAACUAAUAAAUAUUUAGGUGGUUCUCUUUUCAAUACAUCUAACAUAAGAAUUUAUGAUACCUAGUUAGUAAUUUAGGUGUUUGGAUAAGGCAAUAUAAAUUCAAUAUUUUUCGUUCUGUCUACUAAAAUAUAAGGAUUUUGUGAAUUAAAAUGGCAUUUUAUUCUUGUAACCGGUAUAGGAUAGUUGUUUUAGUGCUAGUAGCACUUAUUUUGUGGCAGUUUUUCCGCUUAUUACCACAGAAGGCUACUGAUAUAAUUGAGACUGAUAUAGAAAAGCUAGAAGAUGACAAGUAUAAUAAACAUAAACAAGAUAAGGUGAAAGUAAGAGUUUACUAUGAGGCACUGUGUCCAGACUCUAAGCACUUCUUUGUUCGGCACCUAAGACCUGUGACUGAGAAACUAUCUGAAUUCUUGGAAAUUGCUUUAGUUCCCUAUGGCAAAGCUACAACCAGAGAAGAAAAGGGUCAUUACAUCUUCCAAUGUCAACAUGGGGAGGAGGAAUGUUAUGCAAACAAAAUUCACGCCUGUGUAAUUGAGGCAGUGAACAUGACUACAGGUGUUCAGGUCACCGAGUGUAUGAUAUUUGACAAUUUGGAUGCUGAUGCGGCACUUGACAGGUGUGCAAGCCAGUUUAAAAUUGACCCAGAUCCUAUCAGUGAUUGUGCUACUGGUGAACGUGGAGCAGCAUUAUUGAAGAAACAUGGUGAUGACACCCACACCAUUAAUCCUACAUUUAUACCAACUAUUACAUUAAAUGGAUCAAAAGAUAAUCAAGCGGCCAUACUUAAGAACUUUCUGCUGGAAGUAUGUAAAUUAAUUGACAUGCCUUUACCUCCCCCUUGCUUGUGACAAAUUAUUAAUGGGGAAUCAAAUAAGCAUUCAUAUAUUUUGUGAAAAGGUAAUAUUACUUGGACAAUCACAUACCGUAGUUCUAAAGUCACAAUGACACAAUUACUUAGCUCAAAUUAUAUACAUACAUAUGUACAUAUGAUCAUGUCUAUAUCCCCUUGGAGUAGACAGAGGCAACAGUCUUGAAAAGUCUGAAUGCCCAUGUUCAGCUAUUUGGCUUAAUGAUAGAAUUAAUAUUCAAAUAGUUACAGCCCAUCGCCUAAAAAAGAAUCCUAAGUUUGUAAGCCUAUCCCUUAGUCGCCUUUUACGGCAUCCAUGGGAAAGAGAUGGAGUGGUCCUAUCCUUUUUUGUAUUGGUGCUGGGAACCACAGGGCAAUCAAAUUAUAUUUUAAGUUUAAAUGUCCCUUUCUUUUAGCAAUUUUUUUUCAAUAUUUAUUUGAGUCAUACUUGCUCAAAGCAAUAUAUUCUCAGCAAAUCAUAUGAUAAAAUAUGUGUAUAAAAUUUUAUAGUCACGAAAUUUAGGUCACAAGAUUUCUUUUGAAGAGGCUUCGUUGAAUAUUAUUAAGAUGUGUUAUAUUCGCGGUAAGUCAGUUAUGGAAUCCUGGGUUAAUUCCCUAGGAAUUCACGCGUUUAAAAAGUUCAUAAACAAUAAAAAAAUACAACAUAUUCAUACAAAAAAAGCAAUUGAUAACAAGUCUAAAUCAGAAUUUUAUAUGUUUUUAUUGAAGUCAAUGAAAAAAACUUAUUAAAAAAGACUUAAAAAAGAACAUUUUUGUUGGUUGUGUAUAUUUUUUUUAUAUGUAUAUUUAGAACAAAAUUAAGUAAGUAUUAUAUAAACAGUAUUAUGUACAAAUUCACUUUGUUCAAAGAUUAAGUGGUUACUUUUAUCACAUAAGUCACAUAAAAUUAAAAUUAAUGUAAUAUUAUUAGGUAAAAUUUAAGUAUUAAGCUAUGGAGCGCACAAUCAAGCACUUUGUAUUAAAGUGUAUUUUGCAGGCAAUAUUAAUACAAAUUCCGAUAAAAUCGAUCACGUUUGAUUAUACCAAUGAAUAGAUCACGCACCGUUUUUAUUGAUAACUAUAAUAUUAAAGGGGUUCAUUUUAAAACAUAGUUCUCGAUUGAUAACUAAAGACUGUUAAUAAUAUCUACAAUAUUAGUGCUGAAUAUCUAAUUGUGUAAUUAAAGUACUAACUUAUAAUAAAAAGUAAUACUAAUAAUUUG